CCGCGGACCCGGGUCCCCGACUGUCACUCCGCCCGCAGCAAGACCUACGGCAACGUGCUGGUGCUCGAUGGCGUCAUCCAGUGCACGGAGCGGGACGAGUUCUCCUACCAGGAGAUGAUCGCCAACCUGCCGCUGUGCAGCCACCCCAACCCCCGCAAGGUGCUGAUCAUCGGGGGAGGCGAUGGGGGCGUCCUGCGGGAGGUGGUGAAGCACCCCUCGGUGGAGUCCGUGGUCCAGUGCGAGAUCGAUGAGGACGUCAUCCAAGUCUCUAAGAAGUUCCUGCCGGGCAUGGCCAUUGGCUACUCGAGCUCAAAGCUGACCCUCCAUGUGGGCGACGGCUUUGAGUUCAUGAAACAGAACCAAGAUGCCUUCGACGUCAUCAUCACCGACUCCUCAGACCCCAUGGGCCCCGCGGAGAGCCUCUUCAAGGAGUCUUACUACCAGCUCAUGAAGACGGCGCUCAAGGAGGACGGGAUCCUCUGCUGUCAGGGGGAGUGCCAGUGGCUGCACCUGGAGCUGAUCAAGGAGAUGCGGCAGUUCUGCAAGUCUCUGUUCCCCGUGGUGGCCUACGCCUACUGCACCAUCCCCACCUACCCCAGCGGCCAGAUUGGCUUCAUGCUGUGCAGCAAGAACCCGAAGACCAACUUCCAGGAGCCCGUGCAGCAGCUGACCCCCACCCAGGUGGAGCAGAGGCGGCUGCGGUACUACAACGCCGACGUGCACCGCGCCGCCUUCGUGCUGCCCGAGUUUGCCCGCAAGGCCCUGAACGACGUGAGCUGAACCCAGUGCCACCACAGCACUACCAGGAUCCCAACUGGACAGGGGAGCCCCAGGCUGCCGGGCACCCCCAGGCCCGGACCAAACCUCCUGCUGGCUCUCGCCCACCAAGCAAGUGUUACAGGCCCCAGAAUGCUGCCUGGCCUGCCCUGCUGGGCGGACUGUCUGUGUGUCCGUGUGUCUGUCUGUGGUGUUUGGCCCCGCGCCUCUACCAGCUCUGUACAGCACCGUCUCUGCCCCCGACAAACACGCGUAUUUAUA